AAAGUGUUUAUAUUCACAAAUGUUAAUAGUAAUAAAUCUGCGUUAAUAAAAAAACGGCAAGCGAUUUUGUUUUGCAUUACUUACCGCUAACUGGACCGAAAUUAAACCACAACCACAUACGCGUGCGUGUGUGUGUGUGUGUGUGUGUGUGUGUGUUCAAAACUUUGUGUACACCUAACCAUUGUAUUUGCAUGUUGAACAUCACAAUCGAAAUUAUUUCUCAUUUUCUGUAAAAUAAAACAAUGUUGUUAAGAGCAUUAUAAGUUAUAUAUUUGUUUUAAACUUUACCAGUACUGUAUAUUUGUGGUUCACCUUCAUUAACUAAAAAAGUGAUACACUAGGUCUACCGCUAAUCUGGCCUAAUUGAUUAGUUUCGGUGAAUUAGAGCAAACCUGGCAACCCUGCGAGCUAUGUAGACAGCAGUCUGAGUAAGGCAUCUCGGGUCUGAGAGGUGUAUUCAUAGAUAUCAGUCUAAAUAUGUGACUUGCUAUUGGACGUUGUUGAGUAUUUUUGGAGUUAUUUACUAAGACUCUUGCCAGUCUUUGGAUCUUAUUAUUUUUUAUAUUUGAGCUAGUUCAGCUUCUCAGCUCCAGGUGCUGAGGCAUUUCACUGAAGCGGCGCGUAUAACGGUUUCCUGUAAAGAGUAAAAAGGAGCCUGUGUACUGAAGAGGGUCUGCGGAUCAGAGUUACAUCUGAGAGCCUCCUCUCUACAUAGUAACACUGACGUGCAUGCAAAGUGAAAGAAGAAAAUUCAUGCAUUAAGUAAAAGGUUCAAACUGAAAAUGUGAAAAAAAUAAAUAAAUUUAAAAAAUUUAAAAAAGAAGAGAAGAGAAGAGAAAAAAGGAGACACCGUACAAUGGCAGUGAACAUGAGCAGCAGUGGCAGCUGUAACAGUUCAUUCACAAAGGAACUGUUACCUCCCAUCUACGGUGUGGAGAUGUGUGUGGCGCUGAUGGGAAACAUACUGGCACUGUAUCUGAUAGUUACUAAGGAAAGGAAAAACUGGCACACUGGAGUGGUGUUUUCCUGCAACCUGGUCAUCAGUGACAUCCUGUACGCCCUCACUCUGCCUCUUCUCAUCGUCUACUAUUGGAAAGGACGAAUUUGGGGAUUUGGUAAUGCUAUGUGCAAAAUAGAGCGCUUUCUCUUCACCUGUAACCUCUACGUCAGCAUUUACUUCAUCAUGUGCAUCAGUGUUAAUCGAUACCUGGCCAUCGUUCAUCCCUUCUUCACACGCAACCACAUUCGACCGAAGCAUGCCAAAAUCAUCAGUUUGCUGGUAUGGAUUUUGGUCGCAGGCUUGUCAUCCCCAAUCCUCUACUAUUCAGGGGUCAAGAAAAACAGGUGUUCCUUAUUCGCAGAUUCGGAACAUGAAUAUAAAAAGUUUGCCUACAGGGUGUUUCUGGCUGUUAUAGCCUGCUUGAUUCCAUUUUUGGCAACAUUUGCCUCCUAUAUUGGUGUCAUUUGGGUGGUUUUCAAAAAUGAGAAUAUAACAUUGCUGGAGAAGAAAAAAGUGGCUCUGAUGGUGGGUUUAGUCUGUGCUCUUUACUCCAUCUCUUUUGUACCUUAUCACGUUUUACAAAUAUGGCACUUUAAACUGAAAGCGGAAAAAAAUCAAAAUUAUUAUGUGUGUUACGGAUACCAAGUGUCAAAGGCAUUAGCCUGUGUGAACAUGUGCCUCCAUCCCAUCCUGUAUAUGGCUGUGUUUGACAGUAUCAUGGCAGUGUGCUGCAGAAGGAGCUCAGAUGAAUCUAAUUGAUCUACCAAAACGUUUUGUUCUUUCAGGUUCUGAUUAUAUUUGAUAUAUUGAUUUUUUUUUAUUUUUUAUAUUUGAUGCGCAUGAUCGAAAAUGUAUAAAUAAUGUACUGGAUGUAAAGAUGGGUUUUUGUUAACAUAAACAGCUGCAUACACAUAUUUACAAAUAAACGUGAUGAAAACCAA